CUCAUCUUUAAACAAAGUGUCAAGAGAAUAUGUAGUUACCAAGUUGGCCACGAUAGGCAUAAAUAUAGCUGCUAUGCGAUACAGUAGUGCAUCUUCAAAGCAUUUUUUAUUUUCCCUUAUAUACAAUUAAUGGAUCGAUUCUUUCACACUGAGGAAUCCCGAGUUGGCAAACAAGGGCCCUUAAAAAGCAGCCGGUCUUCAUCAAGGGUCCACAGUUUCAACGAGUAUUUGAAUGAAUACCCAGAAGCUGGGCCUCUAGUUGACGACGAUGAAUACGAAACUUAUGAUCAAAAUGAAAAUUUGAUUGACGAAAUUGAUGAUGAAUCGUCUCAAACAUCGAAAACAACAAAAAAGGACACGAAUAAUCAAGGUGGACGAUUACGUCUUCUUUCGUUUGACGCAUUGGGAAGCAUUUUUUCGAGAAAGCCUCGACAAACACAAAAUCAACAAGGCCAGUCUGCAAAAGACACCGAGAGAGAAGAUCAGAAGGACUCUAAGGAUCCAUACACUGAUCGCGAUCUAAGUUUGUUAGAUUAUCUUUAGUGUCCGUCGAAAUCGUGUAAGGUUUUGUUAUUCUGAGGAACACCAAUUCAUUUUGCUAAUUAUGAAUUAAUGAAUUAACUUUUUAUAACGUAUAAAUUAUAUUCCGACCUUCCUUCAAAUCAUUAAAGAAAAGAAAAAGACGCAUAUAUUAAUAAACAUUUCGCAGUAACGAAACAUGUUCACAAU